UUUGUUAGUGCUUUAGUGGUCACUCGAUAUCCUCUGUCAACACGGGACCGACUGCUUCUGUCAUCAUGGACUGGGUGAUAGUCUUUAUUUGCCUCGUUGGAGCGGCGAGUUGUCAGACAAUCGAUACCAAGGUCGGUGGUCAAGAAAAGAGCAUCAUUGAAUGGAUCAACGGCUGGUUAGGCGGAUCCUCGACCACGCACAGGCCUAUAAUUAGUCAUCCGCCAAAGGACUGCCCUACUUGUCAGUGUGGUAUCGCCAGAACUCGACGACGAAUUGUGGGUGGUAAUGAAACUAAAAAGUUGGAGAUGCCGUGGAUCGUUGCGCUGCUAUACAACGGUAGAUUCUAUUGUGGUGGUUCGAUAAUCAACGAUUUGUACAUUCUCACCGCUGCGCAUUGUACUUCUGGAUUCCGUAAAGAGAAAAUGACUGUGCGUUUCUUGGAACAUGAUCGUUCAAUUGUUAAUGACACUCCAAUAAUUGACAGAAAAGUUUCAGCCAUAAUUCGUCAUGAGCGAUACAAUCCCAGUACUUAUGACAGCGAUAUUGCUUUACUAAAAUUGAAAAAAAGGGUCGACCUCAGCACAGUUCUUAAAAGUGCUCGUGUUGAUAAAGAAGAUGAUGAAAAUAAAGAUGUGGGAAUCCGACCCGUAUGUCUACCAGAAGCUGGAAACACAUACAGCAAUUAUACUGGCUUAGUGGCUGGUUGGGGUACUACUGAAGAAGGUGGCAGUGUCUCUAACACACUUCAAGAGGUACGUGUACCCAUAAUAUCGAACGAAGAGUGUCGCAUGUCGGCAUAUAAGGACCGUAUUACGGAAAACAUGUUGUGCGCGGGCUUGGAGGAAGGCGGGCGCGAUGCGUGCCAGGGAGACUCGGGUGGCCCGCUACACGUGAUCAACGCGACCGAGAAGUAUGAAAUCGUUGGUGUUGUCUCUUGGGGUGAAGGAUGUGCUCGGCCCAACAGGCCUGGAGUAUACACCAGAGUCAACCGUUUCCUCACAUGGAUAAAAAGCAAUACGCGUGAUGCCUGCUAUUGCCCAUAGACUUAUUUUAUAUUAUUAUUUAUACUUAUUUAUUGCUCAAUAAAUCUCUCUAUAAGGAGUAA